AUCCUCCAAAUAAUACACAAUGAAGCCGCGUUCCGUCAUGUUUGUAUCUCUUCUUAUAGAAACAUGAGAUUCACACGGAAAAAAUAAUUCCUCAAAUAUCGGAACAGGUCAAAGAAUCAGAAUCAAAAUUGCCCCCAACUUGAGCACUAGCUAAGAACAGAAAAGGAUAUAAGUAGCACUCCAACAUUGACGGAGAAUAAACAUAGCUUCAGAGAGCUCGGACAUAAAGCAAUUGGCGAGAGGGUACUGAAUUUGUCUCAGAAUGGGAUACACAAACAGCAUUGGGAAGUACCAACUGAUUCGGACGAUCGGAGAAGGCAUGUUCGCGAAGGUCAAGCUGGCCGUAAACACAGACAAUGGUCAGUACGUUGCGAUCAAGAUCAUCGAUAAGCAAAUGGUCGUAAAAAGAAAUCUCAUGUACCAGGUGAAGAGAGAAAUAAGAACAAUGAAGCUUCUGAAUCAUCCAAACAUUGUCAAAAUACACGAGGUAAUUGGCACAAAAACAAAAAUUUACAUGGUAAUGGACUAUGUACCAGGAGGGCAGCUAUCUGAUAAGAUGUUAUAUGUCAAAAGGUUUGAUGAAAGAAAGGCAAGGAAACACUUUCAGCUGUUAAUCGACGCUGUAGACUAUUGUCAUUCCAGAGGGGUUUACCACAGAGAUCUAAAGCCAGAAAACUUGCUUUUGGACAGAAACGAAAAUCUGAAAGUAUCAGAUUUUGGACUCAGCGUGUUGCGAAAGCCCGGGGACCUACUAUCUACUGCAUGUGGCUCUCCAAGCUAUGUAGCACCAGAGCUGAUUACAAAUAAGGGCUAUGAGGGAGCGGCCGUAGAUAUUUGGUCCUGUGGAGUCAUCCUUUUUGAAUUACUUGCCGGAUUUCUACCUUUUGAUGAUCGUAGCCUGGUGAACUUGUAUCUGAAGAUCCUGAGAGCAGAAUACGUAUUUCCUGAGUGGUUUACAGAAAGCCAUAAGAAACUGAUCUCCCGGAUACUUGAUCCGAAUCCAAGAACGCGAAUAACACUACAAGAAAUUAUCGAAGACAAGUGGUUUCAAACAGAUUAUGAGCCUGCAGUGCAUUUCGAAUGUGAUGAAGAUACCAACUUGGAUGAUGUUCAUGCAUCUUUAGGUUCAAUUGAGGAAAAUGAGACUCAAACAAAACCUUCCAAUACUCCAAGUUUCAUCAAUGCUUUUCAGCUAAUAGCAAUGUCACAAGACCUUGAUUUGUCAGGACUAUUUGAAGUACAGAAUUACGAAAAGCAGAAAAUAACUCUUGGAUCCAAGCAUACAAUCCACAAAACGAUAGAGAAAAUUGAGGCUGCAGCAAGGGAUGUGUCUCUGUCGGUUGAAAGGAAGAACAAUUCGAAGUUGAAAAUUCAUCCAGAAUUGAAGAUGAGUAGAUCAUUCUUUAACCUAUCAGCAGAGGUAAUUGAAGUGGCGCCCACACAUUGUGUAAUAGAAAUAUCAAAAUCUGAUGGGGAACUGGGACUGUACAGAGAGUUCUGCAAAAGUUUAUCAAGUAUGCUGACAGAAGAAUCAGGUGUAUCAACUGAAAAUCAAGCAGCCAAGGAAGUAAUUGUCAAUAGCAAAAAUAUGUAUCAAACUGAAGGAAGCCUUGGAUCUGUGGAAAUAUUGUAAGGAAUAUAUUUGGUGGCGUCCCACCAGCAUUUUUUCAAUUGUGCCACUUCAGAAACAAAGAUGCCCGCCAGCUUUUUUUCAAUUGUGCCACUUCAAAACAAAGAUGACAAGGAUGAUAAAGACCUAUGGCCUCAUUUGAUGCGAGUUAUAGGUUGAAGAAGAUUGGUACGAGGAGGGGAGUGAAGACUGAAGGGGGAGUAAUAGUGAAAUUGGUUGUUUGAUUGGAGAUAAAGAGUGUGUAGGGAUUGUUAAACAUUUUUUUUUAUUACAAGCAAUAGGAGAAUAAAAGUACGAGAAUUACAUCAAACUGGAAA